UGAUCUUAAGGGGAUUUUUGGGAGAAAGUCACAGAUGACCUGUUUCUUUUUUACCUUAAAUGCUAUAAUAGUUACUAAUUUUUGACUUUUAAACAUUUUGUACUCUCUUAUCUUUGAAAAUAGUGGUUUUUCACCAGUUUGGGCUUUAAAAAGCUGCCACCAAAGGCUUUUCUGCUCACUGUUACAGUAAUAUCCUCCAGCUUCUUGAAAGCCUUUGCGGUUGAGCACACACAGCAUUUAAGGCGGAGGAGGAGGCUCCUGACGGAGGUUAUUGUCUUCGGCUCGGCAGGGAACUUCAGACAAAUCCCCUCGUACAUGCAGGUGGUCACCCACAAGCAAAGAGUUAAGUCCUGCGACUCCUUGGCCCCUCCUCUUUGAUGUUCUGACAUCAUUAGCCCUGCCCCCUGAAAGAUCUGCCCGCUUUCUUCAGAGCCCGUCACUUCAGCUCCACAAUGUUUGUGGAAACCUGACGAGCAGCAUCAGGACCGAGGGUUUUUACCAGAGGAACAAAGCCAUGAUCUGACGGGGCGUCUGAGGCCCCCAGAGGACGCCGCGGCUCUAAUGGCUGUUCAGACGGCAAUCAUGAACCCCCAGUUCAUGAGUUUCUGCUUCCCCGGGUCUGUGAUGGAGUUCGACAUGGAGAAAAGUCUGGACGGGAGCCUCCUCUGCGAGGCGGAGCAGGACGAGGACUUCAAGGAGACCACCCGGGACCUCCUGAGCUUCAUAGACUCGGCCUCCAGCAACAUCAAGCUGGCUCUGGACAAGCCGGUGAAGUCCAAGCGGAAGGUCAACCACCGGAAGUACCUUCAGAAGCAGAUCAAACGCUGCACCGGCAUCAUAGCGCCUGCAAAUGGAGCAGAGACGCCGGUAAAAAGACAGAGCUCCCCCGUGACCCAGCAGAGCUCUUUGCAGAACAAAGUCCUGCCUAAACGGGACGGAGUCCAGGCCAACCUGCAGAGCAAGAGCCUGGCGGCUCUCUUCAGCCCCGUGAAGGACAUCCGGGGGGAGAAAGCCAAGAAGCCGCCCCUGAGGCACCGCAACCUGCCUCCGUCGUUCUUCACCGAGCCUGCCAACUGCUCUAAAGUCAGCCCAGCGUCCGAGGUGACCCUCAAGGACCUGGAGCGCGGCAGUCCAGACUUCUUUGAGCUCCUGGGACCCGACUACAGCGGCAUGGUUAGCGACCAGGAGCUCUACCAAAGCGUGCCUCUACGCAUGCAGCCGGAGCUGGGAGGCCUGGACCCCGCGUCCUACGACGCUCAUCAUUUAGUAGCUCAUCAUCUGUACGCAGACCCCUGGACUAGCUGCUCAGGACCUUCCAAGAAACUAGGAGAGAACCUGCGAGCAGGCCCGGCCCAGCCCCCCGCCUACUUCCAGUCUGAGGAGGCGUCCGGGGGCAUGGAUGAUAACGCACUGUGCACUUUGGCUUUUCCAAACUUCUUCACUGACUGCUCCAUACCUCAGGUUACAUAUGACUUAAACAGUGGCUACAGCAGGUCCAGCUAUUCGUCACUUUGAGGAACAUCGAGAAGAUUCAUAAGUUCUGGCACAAAAUCUCCACAAAUCACCCCAAAUAUGUAUUUCCGUCUCCUCAGGGGGUUCACUACAAGAGAAUGAAGGGAAAAGAAGCAUUUUUCCAGUCUACACGUGAUCAUUCGGAUAAAAUAAAUAAAGGAUGGAGCAGAAGUAGUUGUUGGUUUGUCUCACCCUAGGAAGCGACACUAACUGUAGAUCUGGUGUUUCACAAAACCACUGAGGCACUUUCUAGAUCCUUUUAGAAGAAGUUCUGUAACAGCAUUAAAGUCCAGAUUAAAAUCUAUAUUUAGAGAUUUUUAUUGCUCUGAAUUUAUUUUCAGCUGGCAGAUUGAACAAUUAUUUCUUUCUUUUUUUAUUUUAUUUUUUUUCUAAAAAGCUUUUAAUGUAGCUAAUGUAAGACGAGAAAUAAAGCUGGUCUUUAUUA